UUAGAACUGUCAAAAUGCCCGGUUGUAAACAAUUUCCAGUGCAAUUCCAAUCAAAUUCCACGGAAAAUGAAAUUUAUUUUGAUUCAGAAAUCAAAACAAUCGUCAGGAAUCAACGAUGAAUAGUCACGAAUCCGCUAGUUGGACCGAAGAUUUGCCACAUUGCUCGGAGACAGGCUUGGGAGAGGCUGGAGCAACGCAAUAUCGAUCAGAUGGCAGUCGAAUAGAGUCACACAAGAAAAAAUUAGACUACAAAGUCUAUUGCAAGUUUGAAAAUAAUAUAUACCUAUAUGGCAUUUUUACGGGACACAAUGGCUCACAAGUCGCCGAAUUGUCCCUGCAAACAAUCCCUUAUCACAUUUUCUGUGGACAAAUGCAAUCUGGAUUCACCGAAGAUGAAAUUAUAAAUUUAAUAAAAGAAGCAUUUGUGAAUGUUGAAAAAAGCUACAAUGAUCAAAUAAAUAAUCUUCUCUUCAAAAGAGUGACGUUACUCGAUAGUCUUCCAAGAGGCCUUAGCGAAUACGAAAUUGCGCAACACUACAAACCCGUACUCGAUGAGCUGAACAACAUAAAUGAAGAACUUACCGUAGGUGCCAGUGUCGUGCUUGCCUUAAUUUACAACCACAAGCUUUAUAUCGCAAAUUUGGGAAAUUCCCGCGCUCUGUUGUGCAAAAAUGACGAAAAUAAUGUUUUACGAGUGAAGCAACUUAGUGUCGAUCAUGAUUUGACAAACCCGGAUGAGGAAGCACGAUUCCGGGCACUUGGUUUAGAUGUGGCAGCUCUCAAGAAAAACAACGUCGUUUACGCCACGCGAUGCAUUGGAAACUACAUGGGCAAGGGCGGUUACAAAGAUUCCACAUUUUUAUCGGGUGCCGUGAUGGAACCUAUUAUCACGGUGCCAGAAAUCGUUGGUCCCAUCGAGAUUAAUGACAGCACCCGUUUUUUGAUUCUCAUGUCGAAGGGACUUUGCCGCACACUCGCCGACAUUUAUGAAUUGGAAGCCAGUUUGGUUAAUCAAAAAUGCGUCCAAAUCACCGUGGAACAUUUUCGCAACCAGACAAGUUUAAUGGGAAUCGCACAAUCUGUCGUAAAUAAGGUAAAUUUGAACCAUUACGAGAAAUUUAUGGAGGAAAAGAGCAAAGCGCUUAGUUCGAGAGAAGAUAUGACGUUCCUCAUUCGCAACUUUAACUACCCAAUACCAAAUGCCAAAAAUCAAGCCACACAAAAGGGAUCAUCGACAAUCAGUUCCGUGAUGAGUGACGCCAUGAAUUCGACCAUCAACUCGGAAUACCGCACGAAAUUUGAGGAAAAAAUUUCUCCGUAUGUGGAUUUCACGGACUACUAUCAAAGAGUAGCGGAAGCCAAACGAAAGGGAACUUUGCCAAAGGGAAUUGAAUUUGACUAAUAAAAAAAAAUGAUUUAUUCAAACUGCCACGUUAGCCACAUUACGAGUAACUCGUAAUGCCGUCGCAGGUCCUUCACA